GAUCAGUCCCCUGAGAACACCGCGUCCCUGUCCCCGAAGCCCUUACACUGACCAGCAGACUUACCUGUGUUACUGUGGAUACCCUUCAGCCCUGGUAACCAGCCCUGUGACUUCCCCUCCUCUUCCUCAUCGGCCCUCAGGAACCAGCCCAGUGACUUCUCCCACCCUCCCUCAUGCGCCAUUGGAAACUGGCCCAGUGACUCCACCUUCUGUCACUCAUCAGCACCCAGGAACAGAUCCCAUGAUUUCACCUUCCAUCGGUCCUGGGUCCCAGGGAACUUGCCCCAUCAUGUCACCUUCUCUUACUCAUAGGCCCCUGAGAACUACCCUCAUUAUGUCACCUCCUCUUGCUCACCGGCCCAUGGAAACUAGACUUAUAGCUUCCCCACUCCUUUCUCACAAGGUUUUGGAAACUGGGAUGUCCCCUCUGCUCUCUCCCUGGUCCUCAGGGAGAAGUUAUAAUGACCCUCCUCUUUCUCCAGCAUCUUCCCCACCCACUGGCAGCUUUUACCAUGUCCACCUUAAGCCUCCAGACUCUUGUGAGCCUAAACCACAGCUUGACCUGCCCCUUAGGAAAAAUUUCUGUGGCUCCCCACUUUCUUCUCAGGCAGGUACAUCUGGCUCUCCCAGCUCACCUCAGGAGAGCUCUUAUCACUGUUCUCAUUUUUCUCCAGAGGCCCAUGUACCUGCCCCCGGUAGCCCUUAUUGUGCCAUCCGCCUAUCCCCUAAGAGUACUGGUUCUCUUUGCUCACCCCCGUCCCAGGCUCCCAUAAAGCCUUGCUUGGAGUCAAUUUUAACCUGGGAGACUAGUGGGAACUCUUACCUCUUGGUAGAGUCAGGCACCCCGAUUUCUUGUGCCCCCUGUGCUCCCUGUCCUCCUUGUCCUUCUUGUCCCCCUUGUCCCCCUUGUCCCCCCUGUCCCCAGGAACCACCUCUUCCCCUCUCCUCUUGCUGUCCUUAUACUGUCGUCUCCUUCCCUUCACCCCUGGGCAACCAGUUUAUAUCUCCAUCCCAGUCACCCACCUGCGGAAGCUGUAAUGAACCCCCUCUCCCUACCCCAGUUUGCCCCCAAGUGAAGUCCCCCAAAUCCUCAGAGUUAAAACAACCAUGUGCUCUCCACAGAUGUCGCUCCCUGGUCAUCCCUCUCCAGCACACUCCUUUUGACCAGCCCAGGGCCCCUAAGGCCAGCGCCUCCCCUCCACCACCAUCCCGCCCUUCUGGUCCUUCUUGUAUGGUGACAUCCAUUACCACUUGCUCAAAUCCCUGCCCCAAAGAAAUUCCCCAAGGAACUACCUUACCUACUGUGAUCCCUAGGACCCUCAAAUCUGUUAUCCCCACUUGUCUUCCCCUUUGCCUUCCUUUUGGUACUGUCUCACCCAAUAGUUAUGCUCAGAGCAGCCCCCAUGGAUUCUCCAUAGGACCCCCAUGCAGUACCCAUAUAUAUCCUGUGGUUUCCUCGACCCCUGAUCCCUGCCCACUCCUUGCUUCCCUCAAUCAAUCCAUUUGCCCCUCUCAGUGUCAUAAACUGCCCAUGGUGCCCCCCUGUGGCAUCUAUAGCACUUCCAGGGGCCCAGCCCAACCUUAUCGCCAGCCUGUGGCACCUCCUUGUUCCACCCACAUCUAUUCUUUUAUCCCUUUGAGAACGCCCUUUGAUCCUCAAAGUUUACCCAUUGGCCCCCAAACCCGGUGCCACCCCGAUACUAUGCCCUGUGGCUUCCGCGUCUACUCUGUGGCUCCUCGAGUCUCCUGCAAAGAGUGCCCCCAGGUACCCUUCGGCUGGCCUUUGCCUUCAUCCAAGACUUCCAGCUGUAGCACUAAUGUCAGCCGUAGCUUAACCGUUAUUAGUGAAUGCCAGAGCAGUGCCAGCCAGAGCAAGAGUUCCCGCCAAAGCAGAAGUCAGAGCCAGAAUGAGAAUACCCACCACCCCUGCAGAAGUCGAAGUCAGAGCAAGAGUCUCCAUCCUCACAGAAGUCAGAGUCGGAACAAGAGUCCUAGUCGAAAGAGAAGUCGGAGCCGGAGCAAUAGUUCCCACCAAAGCAUAAAUCAGGAUAAGAGCGAGUGUCAUAGCAGAAAUCAGGGCCAGAGUGAGAGCUCUCCAUGUAGCAAAAGUCAGGGCCAAAUCAAGAGUGGCCUCCAUGGCAAAAGUCGGAGCCGAAGCAAGAGUUCCUGCCAUGGCAAAAGGCAAGGCAAGAGCAAGAGUCCCUCCCACAGCAGGAGCCGGAGCAAGAGUCCCUGUCCCAGCAAAAGUCGAGGCCAGAGUGAGAGUCCCCACCAUAGCAGAAGUCAUGGUGGGAGCAAGAGUCCUCGCCAUAGCAAGAAAUGAGGGCCAGAGGAAGAGUUCUGACCAAAUCAAAAAUGCAGACCAGAGCAAAAUUCAUAGACAAUAACAGGACUGCCAGCCAUAGCAAGCGCCCAGCUGUGGCAACGCGGAUAGACCUGAGGACUCCUCAGCUGAGGUCUUCAUUUUCCUCGUAAUCUGUGUUUAUGCUCUGCAAGGUUGACUCAUGUCUCUCUCUGCUACCUCCAUAGAAGUCCCCAUUUUGGCUCACACCUCAAGGUUUCUGUGAGCUCCCUUUAUCCCAUGUUCCUGGGGUAUAAGAACUCCCCGAAUGACCCUCAACCCUGUGAUUCUGAGCAUUAUGGUGUCAGCCACUGCAUGCCAUUAGGCUGCCACAGAGCCCAAAUUUCCUGCCACCCAACUGGCUCUGCAGAAUUUUGACAUGACCUACAGUGUGCAAUUUGGUGAUCUUUGGCCAUCCAUCCGGGUCAGUCUCCUUUCAGAGCAGAAGUAUGGUGCACUGGUCAAUAACUUUGCUGCCUGGGAUCAUGUGAGUGGAAAGCUGGAGAAGCUGAGUGCCAGGGACUUUGUGAAUGACUCCAUCUCCCAUGGGGAACUGGAGCCUGAGAGUGGCCAAACUGCAACUCCAUCCCUAGCCUCUGGGACCUGCAGCCCGAACCUUCGAUGCUUCACUUUCGCCAGAGGGGAUGUCAGCCGGUUCCCCCCUGCCAGGCUUGGCAGCCUGGGUGUCAUGGACUACUACCUGAUGGAUGCUGCUUCCUUGCUGCCUGUCUUGGCCCUUGGCCUGCAGUCUGGUGACACUGUGCUUGACUUAUGUGCGGCCCCUGGGGGAAAGACACUAGCACUGCUUCAGACUGGCUGUUGCCGCAAUCUCGCUGCCAAUGAUCUGUCCACUUCUCGAACAGUCAGACUACAGAAGGUUCUUCACAGCUAUGUGCCUCAAGAUAUCAGGGAUAGGAAUCGAGUUCGAGUCACCUCAUGGGAUGGCAGGAAGUGGGGAGAACUGGAGGGGGACACCUAUGACCGGGUGCUGGUGGAUGUGCCCUGUACCACAGACCGCCACUCCCUUCAUGAGGAGGAGAACAACAUCUUUCAGCGGUCGAGGAAGAAGGAGCGGCAGAUGUUGCCUAUGCUUCAGAUGCAGCUGCUCGCGGCUGGACUCCUUGCCACCAAACCAGGAGGCCACGUUGUCUAUUCCACCUGCUCACUCUCGCAUUUACAGAAUGAGUAUGUGGUGCAAGGCACCAUCGAGUUCCUGGCCAAUCAAUACAGCAUCAAGGUUCAGGUGGAAGACCUGAGUCACUUCCGAAAGCUUUUCAUGGACACAUUUUCUUUCUUCCCAUCCUGCCAGGUUGGGGAACUGGUAAUCCCAAACCUCUUGGCCAAUUUUGGGCCUAUGUACUUUUGCAAAAUGUGUAGGCUGACAUAGCAUCACCCGGUUCCCAAAGUCCUGGGGUAGGAAGGUAAAGGGUAUACAUCCAUAGAGGCACCAGAAACCAAGACCAGUGGCAAAGAUGCACUCUGGGUCCUAUCUCCAUCAUGUUGAAGUCUUUGUGUAGACAAUUCUCAGCAUUAGAAAGUAGGAGUUUUUCUGUCCUACUGUCCAAUUAUGGAGCAUCAGCAGGUUUCUCACUCACUUAUUGUACCCCCUUCCCCCAUUUCUAAGCCUGUGCUAAAGGUUCCUGCCCGAUUAGGGGCUUAGGAGGAAGAGGAGCCAGUGAGCAGGCCCACACUUUAAGCUGUAAACUUGGGGAGAAGCAUUUAGCCAAUAAAAUUAUUGAAGUUCCAUAGAGCUGGGGCUGUAGUUGGGGCCUCAUGUCAGUCCAAGUACUGUUAGUUCCAUUUUUACCAGCUGCUGCUACUGAGCACUAGCUCCUAGGGGUCCAAAGCCCAGGAACUCAGCCUGGUUACAGACCUCUGGUUACAGAGCACCUCUCCCAUUUGAAGUGAGUUCUGUGUGAUCAGUCUUCAGCAGCCAAUGGGCCCAAACAAGCCUCCCUAAUUUCUUCAGAUGGCCCAUGAUCUAAUUUAAGGAACAAGCAACUAAAAACGUUAAGCCAAUGCAUGAUAAUCUGCUUACUUAUACCGAGAAAGCUCUCCCGAGCUGCACAAUGGAAGCCACUCCUCCUGCUGUCCACAGCACUGCUGCCCAAGGUGGCUGGGGAAGCUGCUUCUGCCACAGGGCUGUGCUCCUCUUCUGUGUGUUUCUCCCAUUGUUCAUUCAUCUAGCAAGUGUUCCUUGAGCUCCUGUGUGACAGCUCAGCCAGGGAGCUGUUGGAGGUGUAGCAGUUGGGACUGUGGGAGGUGAGACCUCCUCAUCCUUCUUCAUGCAGCUCUCCUUUUGCUUUCUGAGGACCUCAGCAGCUCCUAGUAUCUUCUUCUGUUAUGCUUUUGGUUUUGUUUUUCUUGUUCCUGGUCUGUGGCCAAGCUCUGGUUUCCAUUGUUCGGCCCACCCCCAAAUCCCUGAGCUCUUCCCUCUUCCCCAGUGUCACAGGGCCUCAUCUUCCAGAGUGUAUGAAGUUUGGGUCGAUAUUACAUCACUGCUGACUGCAUGCUAGUUAUGUUCUUUUUGUAACUUUAACGUAAAGAAGGUAAUCCUUUAAUGGCAUGGAUAUUAAAAAUUGCUUGGUCACUUGCAAAA